AUGGCGACUUCUCCGUCUUCAGUCCAGCAUAUCGGCUUUACUCCUUCGCCCAACCAACGAGGCACCAUCGAUGUCCUCUGGCCCUGUCUCUUCACCGUCUUCAUCUGCACUUGGACGGUGGUGCACCCCAACAUCCCCCAACCGGGAGCCCCGUGGUGGCAUAAGGUUAUUGAUCCAGCAAUUGGAUUGGUACUGGCGGCGUUGGCGCCGGAGUUGAUCCUCGGGGUUGCGGUCAGGGAAUGGUUGGAUGCCAGAUGGUCAGCCAAGAUGCUGUGA